AUGGCACCAAAGAGGAAAGGAAAGAAACAAAAUUACGAAGACCAUGAAGAAGAGGCAUAUGAAGAACCAAGAACAGAAUUAGAUAAUUGGAGGGUAAAUCUUCCAAAUCUUGUUGAGCGCCUUGCUGAAACUACAGAUAUGGAGAGAAUUAAUACAAUUCGUUCUAUCACAGACAUUCUCACCGCAAGAUCUGUUGGUGGAGAACUCAGAACAUAUGUCGAUGAUCUUAUGCUCAACCUUCAUGAUCCAAUUUUCUAUUCUGAAGAUAAAACAGAAUCUGUUGAAGCAUUAAUCUGCAUCUGCACAGUUUGCUUGCAUCUGUAUGGAUACUUCGAACCAGCUGCAAUGGCAUUUAUCAAUGAACUCAUUCCUACAUUCGACCAACUACAAGAGAUCAAUGAAAACCCAUUCAGAGCAUUCGCAAUCGGUUACAUUUGCAUUCUCACUGUUCGCAAUACAGAAUAUACAACAAAAGUUCUUGAUAAAUUAUUCAGUUUCUUCACAAACGACAAAUUGUACAAGAAUUUGAAUGACGAGUUGAUCGCCGAGUCCAUCACAGCUAUUAACCUUUUACUCCCAUGCUUCGCUACAUCAACUGUUACUGAUGUUUUUUAUGAAAAUAUCAAGAAGGUUUUAGACAAAGGAUUCGAUUCUGGUGAUGGUCCAACAGUCCUUGCCACCCUCGAUUUAUACGGAUUAACAUACGAAUACCUCUUCGAGCGUCAGUUUGUUAAUGAUAAAGGUGAAGAAUUAGACGAGCCAAAGCCAGAAGCCGAAGAAAUCCUUAAUGCUUACAUCAACGAUUACAGAAUUCCUCUCAGACAAGCAGCAUCUGGCAUUGAUAACAAAGAUAACCAGAAACUCGUUCGUGAGAAGACAAAACAAAUCCAAGGCUUAUUGGAUGGAGAAGACUACACUACAAAGAUCAGCGUAAACAUUCAGAUGGCUGAAGUUCCUGGCAUGAAAAAGAAUGUUUUCUUAAAUGCAACAAAACGCAUUGCCAGAUUCCACUUUGAACAGCUUCUUAUUGUCAACAGAGGUGUCCAGCACAUGCUUGGAGUAAGCUUCCUUGAUGCAAGCCAAGCACAGACAUUGAAGAUGAAUAUGAGAGAAGGAAUCAACGCCGAACGUGAAGAAAACGAAAAAAUCAGAUCUCUUGAGGUCCAAAAGAAGCGUAAACUUAAAGAAAAACGCCUCAAUACACCAGAAGAUGAACAAUAUUAA